CGACCAUACAUGCGCCUAUCCAUUAGGUUAUGAGCCCGUUUUAGCUCUACGAUAUUGAGCUUAAAAAAGCCUUUCAGAUAGGCUAAAUUGUGACCUCUCAUUGGUCAAACCAGAAAUCGAGCGCUUCUAAGCGACUCUGAACACCAGGACCGCCAACAAUCGGCCCCUGAACCCCAGGAUCCUUCGAUCGAUCCCAUCCAAAAUGGUGGUGCCUCGAACGCCCCCUACCACCGCUAGACGUCACCGUCGUCAGCCAGAAUCCACAGAUCCUUCAUCAGAUAUAGGCUCCUCCGCCUCCUCAGUAAUCUCUGAAGAAAUGGACACCCCAACUGCCCCUAGAGCUCAAAGCUCUACUACAGCCAACACCAUGGCAUCCACACCAGACAUCACAGCUCUGUUCCAGCAGAUGCAGGAACAGAUGCAGGAACAAAUGCAGAAGCAGAUGCAGGAACAAAUGCAGAAGCAGAUGCAGGAGCAAAUGCAGAAGCAGAUGGACCAGUUCAUGACUUGUUUUAAUGCCCUUGAACGCCAUCAAUCCCAAUCCUCCACUCCUACAGUCCAGCAUAACGCUACUCCCUACAAUCAUAUUCAAAAUAAUACAGCUAUUCCAGCCUCAAAUCCAGUACAAAAAGAUCCUUUUGAUCAUGUACAAGCUCAAGUUAAAGCGCUCCUACCAGACCAAUGCCGAAUCACACUGUCUCAUGAUAAUUACGACCCCUGGAGUUCAGCCAUUCAAAGAGAAGCCAAUGUCCUGAACGCUAGUACAGUCUUGCAUCAGGAUAUACCUCCAGCAGGAUACUCAGCUUAUGAUGCUGAAGUAUGGCAUUGCAAAGCCACUGUCAUGAGAGCCCAAAUGCUUCAUGCUAUGACUGCCCAAGCCAUUGACAAAUUGGGCAACACAUAUGACCUAUCAGCCCAUGGUUUAUGGGACUGAACUGCUACCUUUUUCAGACGUUCUACUGGUGAAGAACAAAUGCUUCUUAUAAAAGAGCUCAAGGAGCUCUAUAUAAAAGAUAAUGACUACCUAUCCUACCAAUCUGCAUUUACUAGGAUAGUAGACCGCCUUCAUGCUAUAAAAGAAGCUUCAUUUGACAACCUUAUUCAUGACCUAUUUUUUAUAGGCC